ACAACAUAUUUUUAGUCUCUGCAUCACCAUGUCCGAUCAAGUGGAAGAAAUUGCUCCUGAAUCAUCAGCGAAAGGGAACGUUGAUCAACAUGAUUAUUCUUCUUCUUCAUCCAUUGAAGGCGAUGACUUUCGACAACCCACCAAUGACAAGUCUCACCUCUUUGGCCGCCAGAAACCUGUCCAUGCAGCUCUAGGCGGUGGCAAACCCGCUGAUAUUUUGUUGUGGAGGAACAAGCAGAUUUCAGCAGGGAUGCUUGCUGCUGCCACUGUCAUUUGGCUUCUCUUUGAAUGGAUUGGUUAUCAUUUGCUCACUUUUAUUUGUCAUUCUCUCAUACUUACCUUGGCCAUCUUGUUCUUUUGGUCAAAUAUCUCCCACUUUGUCAACAAGACUCCUAUGGAAUUUCCAGAGCUUGUAUUGCCAGAGAAGUUGUGGACACAGGUUGCUCUACUUUUGAGGGAUAGAUUCAACUGGGCAUUUGGUGUCUUCUGGGAAGUGGCUUCUGGAAAGGAUUUGAAGAAGUUUCUCUAUACUAUUUUAGGGUUGUGGAUUGUGUCUAUUGUUGGCAGCUGGUUUGAUUUUCUGACUAUUAUUUACAUCUUAUUUGUCAUGCUGUUGACAGUACCCUGGUUUUAUGAGAAACAUGAAGAUCAAGUGGAUACCUAUGCACAGAAGGCUAAAAAAGAACUCAAGAGACAGUACAGUCAUUUGGAUGAGAAGGUUCUUCAAAAACUACCAAAAGUUCCUUUUGUCAAAGAUAGUAAGCAGCAGUGACGACAUUCUAUUUCCAGGAAGAUCACAACAUCACAGAAGGAG